AAUUUAAAAUUUUAAUUGACUUCACCAAUGAGCUUUUGAAACUCGAACAAUAUGCUCAAACUUCUUCAACAAUAUCAAAGAUUACAUCAAACACUACAUCUGCUAGCACUCCAAGAUCGGAUUUGGGAGAGGCCAUAGCAGCUGUUAUUGAAGGAUUUGGAUACGUUAAAAAACUUCAAAGUGACUGCGAGAAACUUCAAGAAAAACUUGAUCGCUACACCCUUUCCGUUGAUUCUUCUUUUCUUGAUGUCCUGGAAAGAGAACAUCCGGAUGCAAUUGCAUUAUGGAACCAGCUCUUCAGACCUACAGAUCUCAGUAUAUUAUCUAUAGCCCCAUAUGAGCUAGAGGAUAUCCCAAUUGCCAUCAGGUGUUCUACUGUGAGCGAUGAAAGACGGAAAAAUGGGAGCAAAUAUCUAAUUAAAUUAAAUGGAACACUUUGUUUGAAGGAUAUUAGGCCACUUUGGCUUCCAGCAUUACUUGAAGCAUUGGACCCGUCACACAGAGGUUACGUUAAUCCACACGACUUUUUGUCUUUCGUUGGUAAAGAGAAAGCAUUGUCCAACAGGUUAAAACAGGUCAUUUUCGAUAGUUGUGGAUACGGAGCUUUUGUAGA